GUCCUCCUUUCAUCAUCGUCUUUUUAUUCCUUGCGCUCUGUUGGUGUUUGCAAGGUACGGAUACUCGACUGGACUAGACGCAGCAUAGCUCUCCCAGCCGAACUCAAGCUCUCUCGGCUCUCUGUUACUGCGAUACCUUGACGUUGGCGCCAGUACCUACGCGGCAAGCUUACUCCGUCCGGACCUUUGGUCACCACGACUCACCCGUGGACCUCUCUGCUCUCUUACCUCAUCUCGUCACACUGCAACCGGCCGUAUUCUACAAAGUCCCCAGUUACGCAUCAAUUACGAGGCCUCUCUGCUCUGCGUCCUGCGUUGGAUAGCGCACUCCUCCGACCAGCAGCCCUUCCAAUUCGUCCAAGGCAGGUCAAUCGGCCUCCAGAGUACAGAUACCACCAGCCAGAUUCCAGUACUACCUCGACGACCUUGGAGCUCGUUACCACCAAUAAUCGCCUACAAUGUCCCUCUUCGGAUCAUCACCACCGGCGGAUUCGCCCUCAAACACCUCUGCUGCACCCUCGCGAUCGCUGUUCGACGAAGGCUCCAUGUCAAAGUCCGGCUCCAAUUCGCUCUUCACCGACGACGAUCUCGCCGGAGCUGAGAGCUCGCCCUGGGACAUGCCCACUCCGAGGAAGAAGCAGUCGCGCGCCGAUGUCGUCCGCAACCUCUUAUCCGCCUCCGACGUGCCCGAGCCCUACAUUGAGACCUUUGACGCAGUCGUGCGCGAAGAUGGCAGCGGAGAGCGCGUCAACGCCGGUGGCAUAGCCAAGCUAUUCGCUGCUGCGCGCCUGGGAGCCGACCAGCAGGCGCAGAUCAUGUCCAUGGUUGUGCCAGCUGCAGGUGGCGACAUUGCUGUCGGACGCGGCGAGUUCAACGUCCUGCUGGCUCUUAUUGCCCUGUCACAGGAGGGCGACCACAUCAGCCUCGACACCGUCGACGAGCGACGCAGAAAUCUCCCACUCCCCAAGCUCGCCGGCUUGACUGCUGCUCCCGUGAUGCCUCCCGUCUCCGAGCUUGCUGCCAAACCUCCUCAAGCCCCUGCAACCCCCGUCCAAGAUACCCCAUCGCCGCCCUCACCGCCGCCGCCGCAGCCCACUACUCUGCGCCGACCUCCGAUGGACUUCCCAGAGCCAGAGGACCCAUGGAACUCUCCCGAUGUACACAAGGGCCACGCGCACGCCAUCGCCGAGUCCCCUAGUAGAACCAACGGCGCCAGCCCCCAGCGCCCGGCAGCAAAUGGCAAUGGCAACGGCAACGGCAACGGCCACUACAGCACGUCUCCGAGCACCGCUAUCGCCGGCCGAACCAUGUCUUCCUACACGUCUGCGGCCAUCGGCUCAGAGAGAAGUCCCGGGCGCCAGGAUGUAAACACUGGGACAUCGCCGGGUGGUGGAUGGGGUGGCUAUUUUGACGGCAACACCACGGGAGGCGGCUUCAGCGAGCCGCCCCCCAACAACCAGGUCACAAGUCCCUUCGGUGGUGCGAGCGGUGGACGCGACGCGAAUCUGAACCCCGCGACCGUGCCGUCUCUGCGGCCCGCCGUAAGCGGUCGUUCGGGAAGUUCUGUGGAGGAGAACGUCGUCGUCACGUUGAUGCCGGAGAAGGAAGGACUCUUCAUGUUCCAACAUCACAACUACGAGGUUGCGAGCGUCCGACGAGGUAGCAAGGUUAUCAGGCGGUACAGCGACUUUGUAUGGCUUUUGGACUGCCUGCACAAGCGGUAUCCGUUCAGGGCCCUCCCUCUACUGCCGCCUAAGCGUGUUGCUGUCAACGGCAACCACUUCUCUAACGACGGUGCCUUUAUCGAGAAGCGCCGCAGAGGCCUGGCAAGGUUCCUCAACGCCCUUGUCCGGCAUCCCAUUCUGAGCCAGGAACAGCUCAUCAUCAUGUUCCUCACUGUCCCGACUUAUCAGGAACUGGCUGUAUGGCGCAAGCAGGCCACCAUCUCCGUCCAAGACGAGUUCUCAGGACGUGCCCUGCCGCCCAACCUGGAAGAUUCGUUGCCGCCCACCCUCGAGGGCAUGUUUGAGAAGACGCGCUCCGGCAUCAGACGGUCAGCCGAGCUGUACAUUAACAUCUGUAACGUCAUGGACCGCCUGGUGAAGCGCAGCGAGGGAGUUGCGGCGGACCACGCUCGCAUCGCCAUGUCUCUGACUUCCCUCACUGAGACGAGCGCCGACACAUACGCCAGCGACACCAACGAUGUCCCUCUGCUCAAUGAUGGCCUGACGUCCAUGAGCAGACAUCUGAGAACGUGCCAGACGCUUUUGGAAGAUGAGAGCAAGGCCUGGGACGAGGGUGUGUUGGAGGAUCUGAAGCGCCAGCGAGACGCUCUGGUGAGCAUCCGUGACUUGUUCGAUCGCAGGGAACGUCUAGACAAGGACAAUAUUCCCUACCUCGAGCGGAGGAUCCAGACGAAUGAGACCAAGUUAGCCAGUCUUCGCAGCAAACCUGAUGGCAUGGUCAAGCCUGGUGAGAUUGAGAAGGUGGUUGAGUCGAUUCUCAAGGACAAGGAGUCUAUCGUCAACCAACACAACCGAUCCAUCUUUGUCAAGGAGUGCAUCCGCGACGAGCUCAUCUACUUCCAGACUACGCAGUUCCACGUCUCGCGCUGGAACCAGGACUGGGCCCAGGAGCGCGUCAAGUACUCUGAAAUGCUGGCUGACAACUGGCGCCGCCUCCUCGAUGAGCUUGACGGCAUGCCCCUCGGCGACUAAUUACAUUUUCCUCCCUACUUCACCCUUUCUCAUGAACGCAUCGGCUUUGCAUAUGAGCGUCUCUUCACUACUGGCGUUCCGGUCUUUCCUCUUCAUCCGCCGGGAUUGUUUCGACUCUUGCGUUGGACUGUGUCAGCAACAGUCUCCCCCCAGUUUUGUACGAAUUUGUGUCCGAUGGUCCUUGUCUUUUUUUCUUCUGAGCACGAUAUCUCUCAAGUCAGAAUGUACAUCUUAGAGCAGGGACCCGUUGCCGAAUACCCUUUGGUUACGCAAGUUGCUUUUAAUACAUUGUUCUUAAUCUCAGCAUCAUCUUUUGUUCUUGCAUACCGUGACUCUCCUGGCAAUUUCUUCGAGAUCAACGAAGCGAAGUUGCCGUCGCCGUUGUAAUC